UACACGUGCGUUUUUCCAAAAACAGAAAGCACGAUAUUUGAAAAUCAAGAGAAAAUAACAAUCAACCAAGACUUACGAGCGAAUUCAUUUUUCAAACGCAUUUUUAUCAUCAAACGUAAUUUUAUAAACUGAAGAAUGGUAAAGACAAUUUAGUUGUUCUGUUUAUAGUUGAACAUAUAUUAUAACUUGAAAACUUAUGAAGGAUGACGGUACAACCUGGUUCUAAUAAUGGGGUGGCGACUUCCAAGAAAUCAUCCAUACACUCGACCACACCUGUGUCAAAUGAGAUUGGGAUAGAUUAUUCGUUCAGAGAGAUAACCUCAGAAAAACUGCCUGAACUCGCUACCAAGUUCGUGCCUCGCUCUGGUCCCAAACCCAAAACAAACAACAACAACAACAGUAGUGACAACAAGGAGGGGGAGGAGGAGAAGAAAGUGGCUGUGAAAGCGGUGAAGCUGAACAACAACCAGCUCACUGACGUGGGGGGACUGUUCAGUGCACUGUCUGCAGUAGUCCUGCAGCCCUCUGGUCUCACCAAACUUGACCUCUCCUUCAACGCCAUCCGAAAGAUACCUUCU